AGUUCAUUCAUGUACAUCAUCUACAUUGUGUACACUUUUAAAAAAAAUGGCGAAAAUAAGAAUGUGCAAUGUACUUUGGUUUGUCUUGGAAUAUACAGUUUUGUUUGUUAUGGGAAAAACAGAACCUGUAAACGUAAUUUUUUGUGAAGAUUCUAGAGACGGAUAUGAACAAGUUUCUUGUCCUGAAAACAAAACCAUUGGUUGGAAAUCGAUAAAAUAUGUUGAAUCACCAUGUCAGGAUGCAAACAACAGAAAUAUAUGUCUCUCAAAUAUAAAUACUUAUUUCGAUGACCAUUGUCUUGGACAAAAUAAUUGUACUCUUCCAUUCAACAUUUUGUUUAAAAAAAAUUGUCAAAGACCAUCAAGACGUUUAGAAGUACAUUUUGAGUGUUCUGGAGGUUUUUGGAGUAGUAACAAACAUCCUGCACCUGUAGAUACCUGUGCGAAUUCGUUAAAAGAGGUGUAUUGUCCUUCCGGGUACCACAUUCAUAUUGAAGGUGCCAAGUCCUCUAUCAAGACUAGUGGCUGUGAUAGUAUGAACGUUAAACAAGCUAAAGCAUUUCUUAAGAGAUUAUGCAAUGAAAAUCGCAGGUGCUCAUCGGAUACCUCUAAGACAUCUUUGCUUUAUCAUAAAAGAUUUGCCAGCAUUCAGUAUGUGUGUAAAGGACCAACAGAUCGUCCAGUCACAGAGAGCAUACACAGCACAUCAACAGAUCGUAAACUGGAAACGACUACUUUCGCAGCUGAAAAUAUUUCUUCUUCUGAAAAUGACGAACUGCCUGAACUUAGCCUUGAUAAAGACCACCGAGUAGUUAUCUAUUUUCAUUCGAAAAAUCAAACGCAGCAUCUUUGUAGUUCUGAAUGGGAUGAUGAUGAUGCUUCAGUUUUGUGUACACAUUUAAACAGUACAUGGAUUGGGAAUUCUACAGUUGUUGACACAUUAUUGGAUAUACCAGUUGCUGAUUAUUCCUUGCAUUGUGAUGGACUUGAAGCAAGUUUAUUCGAAUGUAAUUUUACAAAGUAUGAAACAAGUUGUAAUACAACCAAAGUAGCUGGUGCCAUGUGUUGUCAAGGCACUAAAAGACUAGGGAAAUGUGUGACGUAUCCCUCUCCUCAAAAAGAAUCCUCAAGAACAUCUGGAUCAUCAACCUUAGGAAUUGCUGUUGGAAUACCAGUGGCUAUUAUUGUAGUGGUUUGCGUCAUCGUAGUAAUUGCGUUUGUUUGGCGAAGAUAUGUUAGUAAAGAUUCGGAUCGCAAAUUCUUAAACUUCAUGAGUAAAACCACUGAUGAUGACUAUAUAGGCCAACAAAAUAUAGCACUACCUCAGUAUCCAUCAAACAAAAAGGUACUGAAUAGCCAGGGAACGAACAGCAGCACAAACACGACAAAGAACAAAGACGGCCAAGAUUAUAGUCAUCCAUCUAAAGACACUCAAUCACCGUAUGUGCUAUCUGAGGAGGGGGUUUAUGAUAAAACCAAUGAACAAAGACAUGUUGUUAACAACUCAAACGUAUACAGUCAUGCAGUCGAUACCAUGUAUGAUUCUGCGAAACAAAACACAAGACAAGAUGGAAAAGAGGAAACCUAUGAUCAUGUUUUUGGACAGAAAACUGAAGACUAUUACGACAAAACUACAAGAAGUUAACUGGAUUUAUUAAAGCUUUAAAGUUGCACGAAUCUCUUAAAAGUUUUGCGGAAAAAUGUAUUGUACAGAAAAUUAAUCUUGCAAAUUGAACUAUAAUCAGAUAAUAUCCAUUAGUCAUUGUUUUCAAUUUCAUGCGGCAUUUAUCAUGUAUAUCAUUUAAAUUGGUAGCAGUUUUCAAUUUAUUGAUAAAGAAACAAAUCCCUGUCGGUUACUGUUUUAAACGUGCAUAUUAAUCAUGAUUCUUCUGACCAUUAGGAUGACUCGGAUAGGAUAUUUGUGAACACCCAAGUAUUCUGUCCAAUAACUAACUUGUACAUAACAUGGAUUAUUCAAUGUUUCCUUCUGUAAAUUUACGUCCACUAUGUCGACUCUUCCAAAGUAUGUUGAAUUAUUAUAUUUAUUUGUUAAGUUUGAAUGUUUGCUUAAUAUAAGGAUGCUUGCUACUUACAUUCUCAGUCUUAAAAUUAUUGUUUUAAGUGUAUCUAUGAUGAGUUUAUAUAUGCAAUAUAUACAAAGAAAAAAAUAUGAAAAUCUAUGUGGGAUUGUUAUACCAAGAUGGAAUAACACAACAAUGUUCUACAUUUUUAUUAAUGCUUUAGAUAAUAGCAGAAAGUGUAUGUAGUAAUUCUCAAUUUGAAAAGACGCCAGUUCUUUAGUACAUCAAUACGGAAUAAAAGUUAAUUUCUC